AUGCGAGCGCGACCUCUCGUGUUGCUACUGCUGCUGCUAGCUAUCGCCCAAGCGUGGGCACGGCAUGUGCAAGACGACAUUCGCACCGGCGCAGUGCUCUCUCGCGGUGUCAACCUCGGAGCGUGGCUCAUCAUCGAACACUUUAUGACGCAAACGUCGCCGAUUUGGUGGCAAGUGCCCGCCGACAAGCGCGACUGGGGUGAGUACACCGCGAUGCAGCUGUUGGGGCAUGCGGUCGCCGACCCGCUCAUCAAAGCGCACCGCGACAGUUGGAUCACCGAGGACGAUAUCAAGGAAAUUGCGUCCUACGGUCUCAACACGGUGCGCGUGCCCGUCGGGUGCUUAGUCGACUGGACGGACGACUGGCGCGUGUUUACGCCGGGCAGUUUGGCGUACCUCGACCGCCUCAUCAACGAGUGGGCCGUCACGCACAAUGUGGCCGUGCUCGUCGACAUCCACGCUGCCAAAGGGUCCCAGAACGGCAACGACAACAGCUCGCCCGUCACCAAGGGCGAGUCGCACUUCACAAACAACGCCAACAACGUGUUUGUGACCAUCACUACCGCUCAAUUCCUUGUCAACCGGUAUGCGGCUAGCCCGGCGUUUCUCGGUCUCGAGCUUUUGAACGAGCCGACGUUCGAUCCCAAGCAAGUGCACACGACGGACGAAACCAAACUCAAGCUCUACUACACCAGUGCGUACCCGAGUCUCCGGUCGAUUUGCGGCAACUGCGUCCUCCUCAUGUCGCCAUUCUUGAGUGAACAGUACGAGUCAUUUGGACACAAGUGGGCCAACGUGCUGCCACCCCACCGCAACAACUGGAUCGAUUGGCACAAGUAUCUUAUUUGGGGCUUUGAGAAUUGA